UCAACAUCAAACAAAGAAAUUAAUUAUGGCUUACACACGUUUCACAUAUUUGAUUAUCUUACCUUGAGAUUUUGAUUUAAAUUUAAUUAUAAUGGAAAAUAAAUAGCUUGGUCAAAACCAUAAAUCAGUAUCAAACAAAUCAAUUAAUUUGAAAUUAAAUUAAUUGUGAUGGUUUACACACGUGUAUGAAGUUGAGCUUAGAUAUUUGAUUAUCUUACAUUAAAUUGAAUGAGUUUUCCUUCUUAUCUUAUCCCAAACGUCUGGCUUGUGCCAUUUAAAUCUGUCAUAUCUAAUCAAACAUCUUGAUUUAAAAAAUAUAAUUGGAAAUAAAUCGAUUGAUAAAAAAUCAUAAAUCAGUAUCGAGCAAAUCGUAGAAUAGCCAAAUUAUGUCAUUAAUUUUGUCAGCAUUUAAUUAUGCAUUAUAAUUGCGUCCAAUCUUACAAUCAAGUUUAGCUUUUUAUAGAGUCAAACGGCACAAUUCUUUUGUAAUAAGUAGGUUUAUUAUCUUCAGGUUCUUCCAGUUGUAUUUUUAAUCUUAUCUUAAACCUUCGAGUAUUUGACAGAUGUGUUCUUGAAAGCGAAACCCAAAUAAAGAUACUUGACCUUUUAAAAAUACGAACGAUGAGAAUAUUUAUUUAAUAAUACAACAUGUAACAUUUAAUGCACAACAAAAUUUUAAUUUGUAAUUUUUUUGAUAUGCAUUAUCGAAAAUGUGUAUAUUUUUUUCUUGAAUAUGAAGAGUAACCAAUUGUCGCAUAGAAACUUUUUUCUUUGUUUCUAAUAAGUACUUUGCUUAUCAUUUGGUUUAUAAAAUUUAUGAAAGAAGUAAACCACAACAUCUGAUAAUUAAAUAAGAAUUACUGUUGUAAAAUCAUAAUUAAAAUGUAGCUUUAAUUUUUGGAUAAAAACGACAAAAGCGAGCAGAUGUAUUUCUUGCAUUGACAAGCGAAGUGCUGAAUUUAAGAGUUCUUCUAAAGGAAAAGUGUAAAUUGUGCCUAAAAUGAGUUCAGAAACUGCUGAUAAAGGUCCGAUUAUUGGCAUAAGACAUCUGCAGGCUACGCUGCUCUUCUUGUGCAUUUGCGUCAAUUAUAUUGGUCGAAAUAAUGUCAGCGUUGCUCUUGUGGCCAUGACAAACGCGGCAACCACCAAUCCAGACUUUCCGGAAUAUGACUGGACUGAGGUACAAAAAUCGUAUAUCCUCUCAAGCUUCUACUGGGGUUAUGUUAUCACCCAGUUUCCUGCUGGAUUUUUGGUGCGUCGCAUUGGUGCGAAGAAUGUGUUGAUGAUUUGCACUGUGAUGACUACUGUGCUGAGCGCUCUGACACCUUACUUCAUCAGCUGGGGCGGCUGGGAGGCAUUCUGCGUGCUGCGCGUCAGUGUGGGAUUAUCCCAGGGUCUCAUGUUUCCCGGACUACUGGCGCACAUAGCCAAGUGGUCGCCGCCAAAGGAUCGCAAUAGGAUUGGCGUUAUCACGUAUGCGGGCGCCGCGUGUGGCUUACUCUUGGCCAUGGCAAUAAGUGGACUGAUUGCCGAGGGUCCGAUGGGUUGGCCGGGUAUCUAUUAUAUUACUGCCGGCCUUUGUGGUGUAUGGUGCAUACUUUGGCUUGUGCUGGCCGCUGACAAUGCACCCAGCUCGCGAUGGAUUACGCGAGCGGAGUGCGAGUUAAUCGAGCGUUCGAUGCAGCGCACAGAUGGAUUCCAUGCCCAGAAGAUACCGAUACCGUGGCGUGCCAUUUGGACAUCGGUGCCCUUCUAUGCGCUGCUCACAGUGAGCGCUUCGCAAAGCUGGAGCGGUUCAACGAUGAAUCAACAAACGCCCGCGUAUAUGCGUGGUGUACUCGAUAUGGAUAUCAAGAGCAAUGCGUUGUACUCGGCGCUGCCGUAUUUGGCCAUGUGGGGCAUGUCCUUUGUGUACUUGAUCAUCGCGGAUUUAAUUAUGGCCAAGAAAUGGAUGACGCUGAACAUGAUGCGCAAGUCGCUUAAUACGGUGUCAUCCUGGGGACCGGCUGCCCUGCUGGUUUGGAUUGGUUUCCUGGACAAGGAGCAGACGACAUUGGCAAUUGCACUGAUGACCAUCAAGUCGGGAAUUGGUGCGGGUGACGGGCUUGGCAGUAUCAUCACCGUUAUCGACAUGUCGCCCAAUCACGCUGGCAUGGUUAUGGCUAUUGUGAAUGGCUUAUCAACAAUAUUGUCGCUGCUUACGCCGCUUGUGGUGGGCGUCGUUGUCACCGAUACCAGUUCUCGCGUUCAGUGGCAAAUUAUAUUCGGCUUGACGGCAGCUAUUCUAUUUGUUGGAAAUCUGGUUUACAUUAUUUGGGGAUCAACAGAUCUGCAGCGUUGGGAUGCUGUCGACUUUUUAAAGCCACGCGAUGUGGAAAGAAGUCCAAGUGAAUUGAAGUCAUCAUCAAAACAGGCGAAGGACGUGCCGAGCAAACAACUUGAGUAUUAGCUUAGCGAACUCUCGAUAUACUUGUAAGUAGGAAUUAAUUAGGAAUAACUCAAAAUGCGGUUCGCGGUACGCGGCGUAUACGCAAUGUAGUCGCAUUUUGUACUUAGCGCAAUGUUGGCCAAAAUGUGGUUAGGCUUUUGAUUAAACGAAUUGUAGACAUUUUUGGCUAUGUGGCUGA